AUGGCAUCGCAAGUAAAACGAGUAAAACUGGACGAUUUCACCGAAGGAAUUUCCGAAUUUGCAUUGCAUUUCCAUCAGGAAUGUGUCAAGUCAAUGUCUGGAAAUGUGAUUAUUUCACCAUUAUCAGUGGCAACUGCGCUCACACUUCUCUCGCAAGGAACCAAUGAAUCAUUUGUAUGUUACAAAUUAGAAGAACACUUCAAAGAAAUUGCAGUUGAAAAGUUUUCAUCGGGCAUUGAAUCAUUGGACUUCAAGGAUUCGGACAAAAGUGCCCGUAUAAUCAAUGAUUUUGUUGAAGAGAAUACCAAUCAAAUGAUUAAGGAUUUCAUCAAACCAGGAAUGUGCGAUGCGGACACUCGUCUCAUUUUGGUGAAUGCCAUUUACUUUAAAGGCACUUGGGAAUAUAAAUUCAAUAAAAAUGAGACGCGUGAAGGUGAUUUUUGGAUCAAUGAAAUUGAAAAAAAUCGCGUUGAAUUCAUGACCAUGGAAAAAUGCAUGCAAUACGGAAAAUUAAAGGAUUUGGAUGCUGUUGCACUUGAAAUGAAGUACGCUGACUCGAAAUUGUCGUUUUUGAUUAUUUUGCCGAAUAGUCGUACCGGCCUUUCGGCUUUGGAGAAAAAAAUGAAAAAUUAUAAAUUGAAAGAUAUUAUAAGUAAGAUGAAAUUGACCACCUGUUGCGUUACGAUUCCGAAAUUUAAGGUUGAAUUUGAAAUCGACUUGAAGAGUGUUUUGAAGGAGUUGGGCAUGUCGGAGAUGUUUGAUAAAAACAACGCAAAUUUGACGGAUCUUAUAGAAUCUAAAGAGCAACUUUACGUGUCGGAUGCUAUUCACAAAGCCAUCAUCGAAGUUGACGAAGAUGGAUCAAAAGCUGUUGCCGCAACUGGUAUGCGCGUGAUGUGCUGCUCUGGUGGACCAGUUGAAUAUUUUAUACCUUUCCGUGCGGAUCAUGCAUUUUUGUUCCACAUUAUUGACAAAGAAUCGAACUCAAUCAUCUUUAGUGGUCGCAGUGGAAAUUUAAAAAUGUAAACACAUCGACGGCCCCAAGAUGGAUUGAAAUUUAUUGAAUUUUAGAUUCAAAUAAAAAUAUAUUUUAACAAUUAAUCACAUUAUUAUAACCACCAGAAUUAUAAAAUUUAUCUUUUAUUCAAGUUGAAAUUAAAAUAAAAUGUCUUACAUCCGUAAGAUGAACUUUUACGCACAGUGACCUGCA